UUCUUCCGGGGCAACUGUCAACCCCCUGUGGGGACGUUUGCCUCCUGCCCAGGAAGAAACGUUCUCUGGAGGUUUGGGCUCACAGGAGCCACUGUGGCCCCCCAGAGUUCUCCGGCGCCCAGAGGGGUUUUGGGGUGGCCCAGGCAGGGCUGGCCGUGGAGGGCCUGGGAACACACCCGGGCCGUAGCCCGGGGCCGCCCGGGGUGAGCCAUGCCCCUAGUCGCAGAAGGGCGCCCUGGGCCUGUGCAGGAAAACACAGCGAAACUGGAGUCCGGGCCUGCCUCCUCGCAGCCUGCUGAGGACGCCAAGAAAGACAAGGCCCAGGAGAAGGCCGAGAUGGAUGAGAUGGACGAGGAGUUGGCUCUGUAUCUGGCAAACUUACCAAAGGCCCUGAGAAAGUUAGGCGGUUUUCACCAAAGCCAAAAAGCCUUGCUCAAGAGGGCAGGGAAAAUGGAAGACGGUUUGGAGGAGCCCUGUGGGAUAGGCUUAGUGGUGAUCCCCUGCUUUCAGAUGUUUAAUAACAUUCGCUGCUUUAUGGUUUUCUACUGCAUCCUGCUCCUGUCUCAAGGUGUUGCGUUUGGUCUUGUAGACCUGAGCAUUACCAAUUUCCAAAAGGACUAUAAUCUGAAACCCAUUGAAAAUUUUGCAUUGGCAUUCAGUUAUGAUGUUUCGUCUGGCCUGGUAGCAAUAUUUAUAGCAUACUAUGGAGAACGGGAUAGCAAAAUAAAGUGGAUUGUAGUUUCCUCCUUUUUAUUAGGAUUUGGAUCACUUUUAUUUGCUCUUCCAUUCAUUAAUAGCAGAUAUAAUCAACAGAGGGCAGAAAUUGAAGAUAUUUGCGAAGCAACGAAGGUUAUCGACACUUGCCAGGAAAACAUGCUAUCUUUCAAAUUGAAAUACUUAGUUUACUUCAUUAUUGGGCAGACUGUGCAAGGAAUAGCAGGAAUGCCUCUUUAUACUCUUGGAAUAACCCUUCUGGAUGACAGCGUUAAGACACACUCACUUGGUAUCUAUUUAGGUAUUGCAGAUGCUUCAUCAACGCUUGGAUAUGCUUUAGGUUAUGUGUUAGGAGCACCACUAGUUCAGACCUCCAAGAAAAUGAUUUCUAAGAUAAGCAUUGGAAUUGUUACUCAACGACAGAUAUGGUCUUGGUGGAGUAAUUUUCUUUUUGCCGCUCUUCUUGCAUGGUCUACAUUAAUACCAUUGUUAUGCUUUCCAAACAGUAUAUCAGGUACAGAAGAGAUAAAGGCUGAGAAACAGAAACAACCUCAAUUCCUUUACAGCACACUUAAAGAUACAGAACACAAAACUGUCCUGAGUUUGCCUUCUGCUCUUUGGAAUGUGAUGAAGAAUCCAGUAUUUUGGGGCCUAGCUCUGUCUAAAGCUACAGAAAGUUUAGUUAUGAUUGGAGCUUCUGAAUUUUUGCCUAUAUAUAUAGAAAAUCAGUUCAUAUUAUUAUCCCGUUCCGCAACUAUAAUUUCAGGACUUAUUUUACUUCCAGGAAGUGCACUCGGCAAGCUUCUGGGAGGUGUCAUUAUUUCCAAAUUAAAAAUGUCUUAUAGAGCCUUUAUGAUAUUUAUAAUAGUUACGUCUGUUGUAUCAAUUGCACUGCUUGGGCUUAUACUUUUUAUACACUGUGAUCCAGGGAAGUUUGCUGGGAUCACUGAAGACUAUGCUGGAACAGGCAUGUUGGGAAAGCUCACAUCUCCUUGCAAUGAAAAAUGUAGAUGUUCAACUUCAGUUUAUAGUUCUGUAUGUGGAAGAAAUUAUAUUGAAUAUUUUUCUCCCUGCUUUGCAGGCUGUACACAUUCUAAAAUAGUAAACGAACUAAAGAUGUACUACAAUUGUUCUUGCAUUAAAGAAGGAUUAAUGAUCUCAGAGGGAGAAGGUGUACUUAUUGAUGCCUUACCUGGGAGAUGUGAUGCAAAAUGCUAUAAAUUACCUUUGUUAGUUGCUUUUUUCUUGUCUAUAAUUAUAUUUUCUGGCUUUUCUGAUGUACCACUCACCAUGGUCAUCAUUCGGACUUUACCUGACAAACUGCGUUCUGUGGCCUUGGGUAUGAGCUAUGUGACUAUAAGAAUAUUUGGGACUAUUCCUGGACCACUACUUUUUAAAUCGUCAGGAGAAGAUGCUUGUAGUUUUCGGGAUAUGGAUAAAUGUGGACGCACAGGACGUUGCUGGAUCCAUGACAAAACAAAAAUAGCCCACCUAUUGGUAGGAAUAUGUUCUUUUUGCAAAGUAUUGACUGUCAUCUUUACUACUAUCUCAUUUAUCAUAUACAAUCGGUUUUUAAAGAAAGACUCCCACACGUUACCUAUGUCUAUGAAGAAAAUGAAAGCAAAAAGCAAAAACAAAGAAAAGAUGUGAUUUAUUGCUGGAUCAUCAUUGUACGGCAAUGUGAAGGAGGGAUUAUUUAUAUCUUGCUACACAUUUUUCUUCCUCAACUUCAACAUGCAUUUUGAAAAUCUAUAAGCUCAUCUUCAUGUGAAACUACUUGAUUGCUUGACUCUUCUCUGAACCAGCAGGUCUGCCAAACAUUUGAGGAUCAGAGUGCGAAAACAAAGGUCUUCUCUUUUAAAGAUUCUACGAGAUUUAUUGCAGGGCUGAACUUUCAGAAGAGAAAAAUGAAGUUUAUAUAAGCAGCAAAAAUGUAUUUAUGAUUAUCUACAUUUUCAUAAUAA